CUUUAUUUUUUUAUAAUUACAUGCUUCAAAUAAAAAUUAAAUCUAAUUUCAAAUUCAUUAUAAGAUAUUUUUCAUCAACAUUAAUAAACGAUCAAUAUACCGAGUCUCCAGAAUACCCCCCUUUUUUAUAUCCUGUUCGAGAAAAUCCUAAAAAUAAAUAUGAAAAUAAAGGUUUAAGGAUUUUACGAAGCAAACAAUUGCUACUAAAUAAUGGGUAUGCUAACAAACUUAAGCAUAUCAAUGAAAUAAAACCUCAAUAUUGGCAAUUUAUCAUACCAUCAUAUUGGAAUGCAAGUUCUGAUAAUUUAUCUUUUAUACAAUACAUUACAAAGACCAAAUUGGUGGCAGAAUUGCCUGAUAACUAUUUUAAUGAAGAAUUCAAUCAGAAUCUUAUUCUUAAAGGAAAUAUUGAUAUAAAUCAUAAAUUAUUGAAGGAUAAUAUAAUUUAUAUUUAUAAACAUAAAAAAUAUCCAAAAUCGCUCACUCUUAUCAAUAUAAAUAAUUUGAGAACACAAGAACUAAUAAAAUCAAUUGCAUCUAUUUGCUUAUCAUUAUGCACUUUAUAUAAUCCAAUAUUAUUGAACUCAAUAUUAGAAAAUGAUGUUAACUUGGAAUAUACAUGGUAUAGAGGUGGUUAUAAAAGGCCCAAAAAACACUUAAAAUUAGGUUAUUGGUUUGCAGAAAAUACUUACAUGCUUUACUAUAAUUCAAAAUUAGAAUAUAAUUUAAGAAUUGAAAAUCCAUUAAAAGAGGUUACACCAAUAGAUUCUGAACUAUCAACAGGCAAGGUUAAUGACAUUAAUUAUCCGCCUACCCAUUACGCUUUAGCACUAAGGAAAUUCCCAUACAAAGCUCAUCCUGGAUUUUUACCCCACCACGAUUCUAAAUACUAUUUCUCCUUUUCCAAAUACCUUGGUCGCACAAAAACUGAUGCUAAGGAAGCUAUAUUACGUGAAGACGCAAUCAAGAAUGCCCACACAAACCCAAAACCUUCAUUUCCAUUCCUAUCUUAUAGAAUAACUAAUGUCUUUAACACAAAACCAGGGAUAUCUGUAAAAAGUUCUUAUGAUACAGAGGAGCUAAGAGACCAAAGUCUUAAAGACGCGACCUACAGCUUAAAGGAAUCUGGGUAUCAUACAAAAGCGGUGUUGGACAAAAUUCACGCCUCUUCUGUCGUUAAUUCUUUCGCAUGGCUUAAUUCUAUAUCACAUUAUCUGGGCUAUACCUCUUUCAACGAACUAACAUAUCCCUUAGUCACUCAAUCAAUUAAUACCGAUGGAAAGUUAUGGAAUUUUUAUCUAUAUCAGCUCAAUACCAACCAUCUAUGGAUGAAAGAUUAUCCGAUGGAUUUGCGAUGUCAAGAUGAAGAUUAUAUCGAUUUUGUUAAAAAAGACAAUGAAAAUUCUUUUGACAUAGAUGAUUCACUCAACGAUCGCCGAAACGUAUGUUGGCAUUCGAAAGAAAUGAAGUUAUUUGACUCCAUUCAAAAUGAUCAGGUUGUUGGAUACAAUGAAGAAAUACUAAACACGUGUUUAAAACUUUACUUGAAUAUCCCGAAUUUUAGCCCGCAGUUUAACUUAAACCCCUAUCUGCAUCCUACCAAUGAAACUAUAGAUAAUUAUGUAUACAAAUACUAAUAUAAUAAUAGACUGAUGCGAUAAGACAUUGUUCAAA